CGUGUUUCUCACGACUGCGUGCCGCCGAGGGCUUCCUCCGCGCUUCUCCUGGCGCUUCGCAAUGGACAGCGGCACUCGCAGGACGAGGCUCCCCAAACGGCAGCUCGAGUCAAUCAUCUUGCACUUUGACUACGAUUGCUUCUACGCCAGCGUCUUCGAGCAUGAAGAUCCAUCGUUGAGACUCCUUCCGUUGGCUGUGCAACAAAAACAAAUCGUGGUCACAUGCAACUACGAAGCCCGUCGACGAGGCUUGCACAAGCUGCAGCUGAUCAGCGAAGCGAAGAAGGUUUGCCCGGAUGCGGUCAUCGUCUUGGGUGAGGACCUCACCCGCUUUAGGAAUGCCUCGAAAGAGCUGUAUGCAUUUCUACGAUCCUUCUCAUGGAACUCGCGAUGCGAACGUCUAGGCUUCGAUGAGAUCUUCAUGGACGUAUCAGAUAUUAUCGACUUCAACGUUGGCAUCUUGAACUCGAAUGACCUCGGCAACUCUUUCUUUUGUCUCUCCAAGCAUGACCCUACAGUUGGUUUCUCUUUUGACGCGACCAAGUUGACUGGUCAUGUCUAUCCCGAAGGGGCACAUGAAACGUCAGCAGAUACAUCCUCGUUGGAACCACUGCACUUGCGUUUAUCCUUAGCAAGUCAUCUAGCCCACCACUUGAGAGUGAAGCUCGAAUCCGAGAAGGGCUAUACCGCUACGGUCGGUGUUUCGACGAACAAGCUUCUCGCCAAGCUCGUCGGUAACCCGAAGCCUAACGGCCAGACAACGUUGUUGCCACUAUAUACUGGUGAAGAUGGCAACGCAGAUCAGGACAAUGUGACGUCUUUCAUGGAUGACCUUGAAGUCGGCAAAGUUCCAGGUAUCGGAUAUAAAAUCGCGCAACGACUUCGUGCACAUGUCCUACAGCGACCAGCAGAAAUUGAGGCUGUGCUGGUGUACGGUGGCACGAAGGAAGACGUGCGCGUGCGCGACGCGAGAAAGUACCCGGGGAUGGGUCCAGAAACACUAGAGAGGAUAUUGGGAGGUCCUGGUAUGCCACACGGCAUUGGUGCGAGAGUUUGGGAACUACUAAACGGCUGUGACGAUACACCGGUGGGCCAAGCCCGGGAGAUUCCUAGGCAGAUCAGCAUUGAGGAUAGCUACAUCCGCUUGGACACCCUGGACGAGGUAAUCAAGGAGUUGCGGACGUUAACGAACAGUCUCUUAAAGAGGAUGCAUACAGACUUGCUGGAGGACGAGGAUGAGGAGGAGCAGUUAUCGGACAAUGCCACUGACAACACUGCGGCCAAUACAAAACGCUGGCUUGCGCAUCCUAAGACCAUCCGGCUCUCGACCCGACCUCGCCCACCCCGGAAUCCUGAUGGUAGUAGAAAUCGCUCGUUUGCUCGUAUAUCCAAGUCCGCGCCAAUGCCGACUUUCGUCUUCAGCUUGAAAGAUGGAAUGGACACAGUGGUCGAAAAGUUGGUCAUCGAAACACUAAUACCUCUCUUUCGCAGACUACACCCAGAGAAGAGCGGAUGGAAUCUGAGUCUCGUAAAUGUUGCUGCUACCAACAUGGCUGAUGCGGCAAGCGAGAAAGGUGGCGUUGGGCGAGACAUCAGCAAGAUGUUCAAGCGCCAGGACCAUGUUCUCAAGCAGUGGAGAGUUGAUGCAGAUCAGCUUCCAGAUGAAAUGGAGGGCGGCGUGGAUGCACCUUCACGGCACACGACUGUGCCAAAGCUACCUGACAGAGCAGUUGGGUCGGAAGAUGCUCCUACACCCUCUCAAGAGGAUGAGGUUGUUCUCGUCGACCACUGGGAGUCGGAAGAUGAGGCUAUGAUUGAUGCUGACGCAUAUCAGUGCGAUGAGUGCGGCGCGAUAAUGCCAAUAUUCGCCAUGGGCGCUCAUGAACGAUGGCAU